AUGUCAAAGAAAUGCUCCAUUACAGCCACAGCCACAUGCUUAGGAGGAGCCGACCAGGACCAGACGCUAAGGGCUCUUGCACACUUUGUGAGCUUCCUCUCUCUCCGUCUUCAAUAUGCUAAGGUUGUGUCCAUUGCUACUCGUUUUUCCACGAGGUAUGCCUUGAUCUUCCCACAGAGAUUCAACAUCCGGUGCAUCCGAGACACCCUCUUAGACGCCUUGACUUCACACAGUCUUGUGGAGAUGGAAAAUAUUGCAAUGCGUGCAAACUUCAUAUCGACGGUGUUCCAUUUGGUUGCCUAG